AUGCCGCCAUUUACACCCGUAGGGCGUCGCUCAGAUGGCCGACCCUCGGUAUCAGGAAAGGGCUCCAAGACCGUGGCAGCCGGCCGGGGCAAAGCAAGCAAGGGCCUCGGCCUCGGAAGGGCAGGAAAAGGGAAGGGACUGGGCGUGCCAUUGCGCAAGCAGAGCCGCAAGAUGAUUAAAGAUACCAUCCAAGGCGUCACCAAGGGUGAUAUCCGACGUCUGGCUAGAAGAGGCGGCGUCAAGCGCAUCUCCGCUGGCAUAUACGAUCAAGUUCGGUCCGCUUUGAAAGAUCGCUUAUCAGAGAUUUUGAGGAUUGCCGUGACUGUCACGGAGUAUCAGCAGCGAAAGACCUGCACUGUUAUGGAUGUUGUCUUCGCGCUCAAGAGACUCGGCCGUCCAAUCUACGGAUUCGAUAGUGAAAGUUUCCAACCCAAGUCGAGGACCGGAAAGUAA